AUUUUAUUUUCUUAGAACUGAAAAUAAUAUAAAACCUAUAUUUGAUAAGAAAAAAGAUAAUAUCAACCCUAUAAAUAUCAUCACUACUGGGCAUCAUAAAGUAACAGAGCGAAGAAGUAACAGAACGAUAGAGUUGCUCAAAAAAAAAAAAAAGAGUGAUGGAAGUUCAAGGCAAACCUCAAGCUGAGGGUGAAUGGUCCACCGGUUUCUGUGAUUCCUGCUCGGAUUGCUCCAUCUGUUGUUUGACAUGUUGGUGUCCUUGCGUUACCGUUGGCCGAAUCGUAGAGAUUGUAGACAAAGGUUCCACUUCAUGCUGUGCGGCUGGUGCGUUGUACAUGUUACUAACGUGGUUCACGGGAUGUGGAUUCAUCUACUCGUGCCAUUACCGAACUAAAAUGAGAAAACAAUACAACCUUAAGGGUAGCGAAUGUGGAGAUUGUUUCAAACAUUUCUGCUGUGAGCGUUGUGCCUUAACUCAAGCCUAUCGCGAGCUCACCAACCGUGGUUUCGAUGUAGCCCUUGGAUGGCAAGGAAACGCUGGACGUCAAAAUGCCGGCGUUGCAAUGGGUGCCCCGGUUGUGCAGGGUGGCAUGAUGAGAUGAAUUAUAUUUGCGUAACUAUUAUAUUUUGUUUUCCUCUCCUCUGAACUUUUUUUCUUUAUAUCGUUGCCUUGAAAAUAAAUGGGGUUAUCCGGUUUGUGUUUUUUUUCUUCGUCUCUUGUGUUUGAUAUGGAUUUUAUGAAAGUUUAUAUAGUAUGUGUGCGUAACUGUCAUUUAAUAAAUAAAUGUGUAUAUAAUUGUGGACAUGUAAAGUAUUUUGUAAAAGUUUCGUUUAAUGA